AUGAAGUUCUUGGCCAUCGCCGCUGUCCUGCUGGUCGCCUCGGUGUAUGCCGAGGAGCAGCCGAUGGAGUCGAUGAAGGCGAAGCGUGGCAUCCACUUCGGACUCGGCUACCACCAUGCGCCGGCCGUCGUGUCCCACUCGUACGUCGCGCCCGCCCCGGUGAUCGCCCACUCUGCCCCGCUGGUGGCGGCCCCGCUCGCCUACCAUGCCCCGAUCGCCAAGACCUACGUCGCCCACGCCCCGGUGGUGCACCAUGCUCCGCUGGCCGCCUACCACGCCCCGCUCGCGGUGGCCCAUGCUCCGCUCUACCACCACGGUGCCGUCUACUCCACCCUGCAUCGUCGCUAA